AUGUAUGGCGUACGUACGCCGACUAUAAAGCUUCCUCUCCGGCACAGGCCCAUAUCCCUCACCUCCCACACCACAAACCGCGCCAUCACUCAUAGGGGCAUCAGACAGACAGUCGCGAAGCGGUCGAGGCCGGCCACAUACCACACCUCCACGGCCAUGGAGCACCGCCGGAGCCGCCCGCCGUCGGUGGCCGCCGCCGGGGCCCUUCUCUGCCUGGCGAUGCUGCUGGUCGGGGCGCUGUUGCCCGCUGCCUCGGCCGCGUCGGCGGACGGGUGCCCGGCCGGCGGCGAGCGGGCGAGCAAGCAGCAGGGGAGGAGUCGUGGUCGUCACCAUCGGAAGCAUGAGGUGGCGGAGGAGCUGUGGGUGUUCGGCGACUCGUACGCGGACACGGGCAACCUGGGGAACCUGGGGCGGGAGCUCACCCACGCCUGGUACGACCCAUAUGGCAAGACCUUCCCGCGCCGCCCCGCCGGCCGAUUCUCCGACGGCCGCGUCCUCACAGACUUCGUCGCUUCGGCGCUGGGGAUGCGGACGCCGGUGGCCUACAAGGCGCGGCGGCGGGCGUCGCGGGAGACCCUCGCGCGCGGCAUGAACUUCGCCGUCGGCGGCGCCGGCGUGCUCGACACCGGCAACUUCCAGCGCAACAUCAGCGCCCAGAUCGACCUCUUCCAGGCCAUGCACCACAGCCAGCAGCAGCGGGGCUGCGCCAAGCGGACGGCGCUCGUCGUCGUCUCCGGCAACGACUACGCCUACGCCGCCGCCGACAAGGACAACGGCACCAGCGCGGCGAUCGCGUACAUCCCGACGGUGGUGCGGGAGCUCCGGGAGCAGCUCCGGCGGCUGCGCGACGAGGCGGGGAUGCGGAGGGUGGUGGUGACCAACCUGCACCCCAUGGGCUGCACGCCGACAUUCACCCGCCUGCUCAACUACACCGGCUGCGACCCGCUGGCCAACGCCGGCGCCGCCCAGCACAACGCCGCGCUCCGGUCGGUCCUCGGCGCCCUCGACCCCAACAACCGCACCUUCCUCCUCCUCGACGUCCACACCCCCUUCGCUGACAUCCUCCUCAACGACGACAACAAGAGCAGCAGCAGGUUCGCGAGCACGCUGCGGCCAUGCUGCGAGAGCUUCAGGGCCGACGGCUACUGCGGCGAGGAGAAUGAGAACGGCACACGGCAGUACACUCUCUGCGACGACCCCGGCCGCUACUUCUACUGGGACGACGUGCACCCGACGCAGGCCGCCUGGGCUGCUGUCGCCGGCACCUUCAGGGUCGCCGUCAAGAGCUUCCUCUCCACCUGA